CGAUGCUUUAAUGUAAUGAUGAGGUGUCCAUGUGUAGAGGCUGUUUUGCUCUAGAAAAGCAUUAGAGUGGCAGUAAUGCACCGCACCAUCAGGCAGGCACGCGCGUUCAGUUCAGUUCUCCUCUCCUCAUCAGACACACAAAACGGGGGAGGCUUCUCUUAUCUCGGGUGACAAAACGUCUUCCUUUUAUCUGACGUUCGUCUGCUUUCAUUUCCGUUCCCUGUAAAUAUCACUUCGUCGUCUGAAUGGCUGUCUCCGCGCAAAUUCUUAUCUUUCUAUUGUGUGCCGUUCAUUUUUGUCUCCGCUGGUCAUGAAGCUAAAUGGCAGUUAGCCUAGCAGCAUCGCUACUCCCUGUAGCUGGACUAACAAAAGUGGCCUAAAAAUUCAGUCAAUGAAAACCCCCUUCAGGAUCAGCUCUUGGAUGUCUCUAAACUGUUAUAAACCAGCAAAGGUCAAGAGGACGUAGCAAAGGUGCUCACGAGGGGAAAGAAAAGAAGUCCGUGUGCUGAGAAAGAGUGAAAAGGAAAAACGGAGGACAGCAGCAGCAGUUUGUCGGCAGCUAAAGUGAAAAGAAAAACACCAACAUCCCUGUGAUGGCAAACGAGCCGGUUAUUCUGAACGUCUAUGAUAUGUACUGGAUCAAUGAGUUCACUACCUCUCUGGGAAUUGGAGUCUUUCACUCAGGAAUUGAGAUCUAUGGCAGAGAGUUUGCCUAUGGAGGACAUCCUUAUCCUUUUUCAGGUAUAUUUGAGAUAACACCUGGUGACGCCACAGAACUGGGAGAGACAUUCAAAUUCAAAGAGGCCAUUGUUUUAGGGAGCACAGACUUUACAGAAGAGGAUGUGGAGAGAAUUGUGGAGGAAAUGGGGAAGGAAUAUAAGGGGAACGCUUACCACCUCAUGCACAAGAACUGCAAUCACUUUUCCUCAGCACUAUCAGAGAUCCUCUGUGGUCGAGAGAUCCCACGCUGGGUGAACCGACUGGCCUACUUCAGCUCUUGUGUGCCCUUCCUUCAGAGCUGCCUGCCAAAGGAGUGGUUGACACCGGCCGCACUGCAGUCCAGUGUUAGUCAGGAGCUCCAGGGAGAGCUGGAGGAGGCCGAGGAUGCUGCGGCCUCUGCCUCGACGCCGUCCUGCGCCGUGGCACCCGCUCCCAGACCUACCCGACACCAACCACGCCGAUGAACCCUGCUGCCUUGAGUGACAGGCCACCCCUGCUUUGAGCUGGACCACAGCUUCUGCUGCCAAUAGACCCCUCACCCCCUCUCCUGAGAGACUAGCAAUUCACCAGCGGACUAGAUGAAACCCACCGUCUGUGUUCCCUGAUUUAUUUCAGUACGCUCAAGUGACCGUUACGGGCCUGGAAACUAUCGAUCUUGUUUACUGUAAAACCUUCUAUGGGUUCGUCAGUGUUUUGGCUUAAUUACGUUUUGGCCUUUUAUGUUUUGUUUUAAAAACUCAGGACUUGUAUACAAUGGCUUUGUUUAGUCACCGUUUUCUUUCUUUCUUUUUUUCUAGUUUUUAAUGCUUUUCUUACGCUGGAGUUGCGCACUAGCCUUUUUCCCCUUAUUUCUACAGAAAGCGCCUAGUCAGUGAAUAUGAGA